AUCUUCCAAGAAGAAACUUUUCCGAUAUCGCGAAGGAGAAACAAAAUCUGGCGCAAGCGCGGUAUCUGCGAAAAGUGCAUAUUCCUGUACAUGAUUCUCGUUGAUAAUGCCGUCAGUUCGGUCGCGAGUUUUGCCAGAACCGCUUCUAUCAACGCGGUACCAUCGACGCGGUAUCUGCUUACCUUAAUUGCGCUUUUACUGCUAAAAAAUUGAGAAGAAGUAAUUUUAAAAAUUUCCGUCAUGUAGAACGUCUUCUCGCUAUAUUUUGCGUUAUCACGAAAUCUAUUGUAGAGUAUCAAAACGUCACGGCAAAGCGAUCCUGGGCGAGACUCAUGAUUUUGAAUCGGAGCAAACGGCUUAACUCUGCAAUGCGAAGUCCAAGAUGAGACUCUGCAAGAAGAAAUACAAAUCCACGACACGGCUAACGUUUUCCACGUGUCGAGGGCAACGAGAAUAAGUUGCUACAGAAGUCGCUCUCGUGCCGUUACAGAUAAUUGCCGUCGAUGAGGCGGAAAUGCGUCAAUCUUUCCUCUUCACAAAGGUAAACGCAGCGUCAGAGAAGUGACUGAAAUUUAGUCUUCUUUAAUGUAUUCAAAAUUACUCUCUUAUAUUACUUCAUUAAAAUAAAAAUACUUUUAAUAUAUUUAAAAGUGUUAACAUAUUUUAUAAAUUUCAUCUUAACAAAUUUUAUCUUGGCAAACUCUUUAAUAUAUUCUGUCAAGCUUUUUGAUACUUUAUGCAAUAUUUUCGUUUGCGCAUUCUGAUAUGCAUGUAUACGUGGCGAAAUUGAGAUUAAUCUGAAAAUGCAAACGCUAAUCUGCUCCUUGGUGAUGGUUCACGGGAACUAUGGAUGAUGGUGAGGAGUCGGCCCGGACCGUAGAAACACCCGAAAGUUUACGCUCCGACGAAAGAGUUUAUCGUCUCGGGUGGCGAAAAUAGAUCUCUCUGUUCCUCUUCGACGCUGCGUCGGCAGAAAAAAAGAGUCAUUGGGACCAAUACGCGUGCACACGUGAGCGGCGUGGGUCACAUGCGCGUAAAAUUUGCAUCACCGGUGCCGACAAAACGUGAUAAUACGUGCGUCUCAGCUGUUAUAUGGAACUGCGCCAUAUAAUGCAUAAAAGAUCAAACGGAAACGCAAGCAGAAUACAGCUGUCGAAAUGUAGAAUGUCGCGAUUCUACCUACGGCCCUGACAUCGAAUAUUCGUGGUCGGCGAGAGAGAAUCCAGCUUUCCGCAGAUGCUGGAGUACUGGUGGAUGGCGAGCAACGAGAGCAACGGACACAAUGGCAGCAGCGACGUGGGGCUCGAGGAGGUCCUGCAGGACCCAGGAUCGGUGAUCCUGUUCGUCGGCUAUCCACGGUGGCUGCUGUACUUCGCCGCCGCCUGUUGCAUCCUCUUCAUGCUGGUCGGCAUCCCGGGGAACCUCAUCACGGUGAUCGCGCUGUUCCGCACAAAGAAGCUGAAGAAUGCUACUGCAGUUUUUAUCAUGAAUCUUUCGAUAUCGGACUUGAUGUUCUGCUGCUUCAAUCUACCUCUCGCAACUUCGACGUUCUGGCACAGCUCAUGGAUGUACGGUCCGCUUCUGUGUCGAUUGUUUCCGCUCUUGAGAUACGGCCUCGUUGCAGUCAGCCUCUUCAGCAUUCUCGCGAUCACAAUCAAUCGUUACGUCAUGAUCAGUCAUCCUCGUCUCUACCCUACAUUGUACAAAACAAGAUACUUGAUACCGAUGGUUCUGAUAAUAUGGAUCGUUGCGUUCGGUGUGUUGAUCGUCACGUGGUUCGAGCAAUGGGGACAUUUCGGAUUAGAUGCCGCUAUCGGAUCCUGUUCGAUCCUACCGGAUGUGAAAGGACGAAGCCCAAAAGAGUUCCUCUUCUUUCUCGCGUUCUUGAUACCCUGCCUCGCCAUCAUCGUCUGUUACGCCAGGAUUUUCUAUAUCGUUCGCGAAACCGCCUCGAAGAGCAGAGGUAGAGACAAGAUCAUCAACGUAGAGCCUACGGAAACCAGUGACCAACGAUCUACAUCCACGAGGAACCAGGAAGAGGAGCUCUCUGUCCUCUGCACUAUUUCCUCACCGACGCAACCGAUCUUUCUUCGUCCAGACGAGGAAGAAACGGAUCUCGAGCUACCCUCGACAUCUAUCAACGAAGAUACCUCGUGCACCAAGCAGCCGAUCCACCACGAGCCGGAUGUGGAUAGCGCAACAGGAUCACAACUAACAGAAUCAACAUCCAACGUCCAGGGAGAUCCAAUAAGUGCCAACAUUUGCCUCGACCGAAACUCGAACAGCAACUUCAACUCCACUCUCCACUCGGGUCUGACGGAGGAUAUAUCGUUCGUGGACGAGGAAGCGGACUUUGCGAAGACUUUCCAGAACCGGAACCAGAGUAAGCUGCAGCGGAAGUCGUCGAGGAAUUCUUGCGGCCGGCUAGGAAGGCUGACCAGUCAGGCGUCUCUCAUCGUGGAGCUGUCGCAGAGGAUCGCUGGUGACGAUCGCCUGGAACCACCGGAAGUCGCCGCAUGUUCGGAAAUAUCCAAGCAAUCGGCCACGAAGAAGAAGGCGCGUCGCAGGCAGUCAAAGUUCAAGAGCAUCGGCAGAAUGCGCAACAUUGGCGAGUCCGUGCCCAGGAUGUCCGCCAAGGACCGCCGGCUGCUGCAAAUGAUCCUUGUAAUAUUUGCGUCAUUCCUGGUGUGCUACCUGCCGAUCACCGUCGCGAAGCUCCUGCAGGACGCGAUCGAUUGGCGGGGCCUUAAUAUCGCCGGCUACAUACUCAUCUACCUGACGACCUGCAUCAAUCCUGUUAUCUACGUUGUGAUGAGCUCUGAAUACAGAAGUGCGUACAAGUACGUGUUGCUAUGCAAAGGCGAACGAUCGACGAACAGAAAGCGGAAAUCACCUGGUUUGCUGAUGCCUGGUUGAAUGUUAGGGAAAUGAAUAAAUGUAGAUGUAAGAAUGAUUAAAUGAAAUCAAAAUGAAGUAAAUAAAAAGAUUCAUAAUUGCGGAUAAAAAUGGAUGAAAAUCUUUAAACGUGAAUAAGAAUAACUAUAAUAUAUAUACAGAAAUAGAUGUAAUAAUAAAUGUACGUCAAUGUUUGAUACAAUGAUGUAAUGUACAAUGAGAAUAUUAAUUGUUGGCAUUUUUCAUAUGUUUUUUUUUAAUCGUGAAAUAUGAUAUUAUUUUCGUUGCUAAUGGUACUUUAAUAAUUGUUGACUUGCUAGUAAAAUAAGUAGACGUAAAAUAGCUUUCAAAAAUAGUUUUAUUAAUUCUGACAAAUACAAAUUGAAUAAAAGGGAUGUAUGAAUUUAUAAUUUCUUUAAUGGUGUCUAUCAUUCCUACUUAGAGCGCGCGCGUGUAUUUAUCAUGGAAUAAUGGUAGUUAUUCUUAUACCUUUGCAUCUUAUCUGUUAAUUAGACGAUGACCAAAAUCUAAAUCUAAAUAAUCCUUCUUCAUUAAGGAAAAAAGAUUUAUUCGUAUUAUCGUGUGUAUAUCUUCUGUCAGCGGUGCCUUAAACUUUUAAUCGUUGCGAAUAUGUUCUCGAUUUAAGACCGAAAAUUGCUACUUUUACAAAAUGUGAGCUUUAAGCUAGUUUUAUAUAUUCUUGAAAUUGUAUUAUAAUAUAAUUAAAUAUAUUCUAUAUUACAAUAAUUAUAAAUUAUAUCUUUGAUAAUUAACAUCUUAAGAAAGAACCGCAAUUAAAAAUCGCUGAUUUAUACUGUACAUAUAAGUGCAUUAUCGGAAACAGUUAUAACAGUUUAACAUUCUUAUAACGAGGUAGUUAAAUAAGAAAUUUCGUAUAUGUUACAUGUUAUAUUAAAUCUUAUUUAUACGCUCUUUACCAUUCACUUGAGUUUAGCAUUCUUUAAAGCAAAAAUAAA